AUUUGAGCACCAAAACCAGCUUUGUCACUAUAUCCAAGCUUCAUUUAAGUGAAGAUUGGAGGAGAUAAUCCAUGUCUGAAUACAGUAAUUUAACUCCAUAAAUGUUAUAUUGGCAGGGAGGGAAAGUUCAAAAUAAGUAGCCUCCAUCCUUGGAAAAACGACUCUACCUGUUUUCCUAUUGGAGAACCCAGAUGGAUACUACUGUCCAAACUGACACUAUUACAUGUAUUAGGUUCACAUUUGUUUUCCUAUACUAUGUUUCAGCCAUGACUGCCAAAGAUUAUCCAUCACUGUGGGGCUUUGGAGCAACAAAAACGUUUAACAUUCCUGUUGAACAUUUGGAUUUCAAGUAUAUUGAAAAAUGUUCGGACAUAAAACACCUGGAAAAAAUUCUUUAUGUUCUCAGGUCUGGCGAGGAAGGAUAUUAUCCUGAACUUACAGAAUUUUGUGAAAGGCGCCUUCAGGGCUUAGCUCCUGGAAGUAGAGCUCUGUGGAGAGAUAAACCUGCAGCGACAGCAUCCAGUUUUACAACAGAAGAAUGGGAAAAAAUCGAUGGUGACAUAAAGAGUUGGGUAGCAGAAAUUAAAAAAGAAGAAACUGGAAUGCACUUUCAGGAAGCUGAAACAUUCCCUGGAGUAGGAGAUCAUUUACCUCCAGUUCGUGGUUCAAACAAUGGUCUUCAUGUUAUCAAGGAUACUUCUUUGUCACAGGAAAAAUAUUCUUCUAAAAAUAAACCAGCUAAAAAGAAAAUUCCAAGGGAUUAUGCAGAGUGGGAUAAAUUUGAUGUGGAAAAGGAAUGUUCAAAAAUUGAUGAAGAUUAUAAAGAAGAGACUAUAGUAGACAACAAGUCACAUUUAUCUAAAAUUGAGACAAAAAUAGAUACAGCAGGUCUCACUGAGAAAGAAAAGGGUUUUCUUGCUACUCGUGAAAAGGAAAAAGGAAAUGAAGCUUUCAGCUCAGGAGAUUAUGAAGAGGCUAUAAUGUAUUAUACAAGGAGCAUAUCUGCGCUCCCCACUGUAGCUGCUUAUAACAAUCGUGCUCAAGCAGAAAUCAAACUGCAGAACUGGAAUCGUGCUUUUCAGGAUUGUGAAAAGGUCUUGAAGUUAGAACCUGGAAACAUAAAGGCUCUUCUGCGCCGGGCCACUACUUAUAAACAUCAAAACAAGCUCCAGGAGGCCAUAGAAGACUUGAGGAAUGUACUGGAGGUGGAACCUCAUAAUGAAUUGGCCAGGAAAACCUUGUCAGAGGUUGAAAGAAAUCUGAACAAUUAUGAACCUGUAGGUAAGCCCCAGACCAAAGGGAAGAGGAUGGUUAUUGAGGAAGUAGAGAAUUUAGAAGAUGAAAAUGGAAAGAGAAGUGGAACUAAACAUGAAGACGGCAGUGGAGAUGAGAGUAAAGUAUCUUUUCUGUUUUGGUUAUGCAAAAUCCGACCUGGAUCCUUUGGGUGCUUUAGUGAUCCCAUCUGCACCCACACUGUGAGGAUACUUUAUGAGUUGGCAGCUCCCAAGUCAAUGUCAGUGAAAAAGUCCACUCCUCGAUCUGUAUAUAGUGCCACUUCCUCCACAGCCCCUUUGCAGUGUCCCAUGGGAAGUGAAAGUGCAGAUGAUCUAAGUAUCUUAUAUUCAAACAGAGCUGCGUGUUACCUAAAGGAAGGAAACUGCAGUGGCUGCAUUCAAGAUUGUGACAGAGCUCUGGAACUCCAUCCAUUCUCCAUGAAACCUCUUCUGCGACGAGCCAUGGCCUAUGAAACUUUAGAGCAGUACGGCAAGGCUUAUGUGGAUUAUAAGACAGUGUUGCAAAUGGACUCUGGAAUCCAGCUAGCAAAUGACAGUAUUAACAGAAUAACAAAAAUCUUAAUGGAGCUGGAUGGACCAAAUUGGCGGGAGAAGCUGUCACCCAUUCCUGCGGUGCCCACCUCAUGGUGUCCUGCAUCACAGGCCACCCCCAACCAAGCAGGAGACCCCAGCAGCUGCCCCACGUCCAGCGUCUCAGAUGAAGACAUGUUUCACGCCCUUAGGGAAGAAGGAAAUCAAUAUGCAAAGGACAGCAACUUUGAAGAUGCCCUUAGUAAAUACACUGAGUGCUUACAGAUUAACAGUGAGGAGUGUGCCAUAUAUACAAAUAGAGCUCUCUGUUACUUGAAGCUGUGCCAGUUUGAAGAGGCCAAGCAGGACUGUGACCGGGCGCUUCGUCUCGAUGGCGGGAAUGUGAAAGCUUGCUACCGGCGAGCGCUGGCUCACAAAGGGCUCAAGAAUUACCAGGAAAGCUUAACUGACCUCAAGAAAGUUCUCUUACUAAACCCAAAUAUUGUUGAGGCAAAGAUGGAGCUGGAAGAGGUAACCAGAUUCCUUAAAGAUAAUAUAGCACCAUUCAACCAAGAAAAAGAGAGACGGAAAAUAGAAAUUCAAGAGGUGAACGAAGGCAAUGAAGAGGAGCCUGAAGAAAACCCAGCAGAGGUCUCCACUGCCUGUCUGGCCCCUGAGAAGGGCGAGGAAAGCCCUGGACCACCAGAGCACUCUGAGCCACUUCAGAUCUCCAGGCCGAGUAAUGCCUAUGAGUUCGGUCAGUUAAUAAACGCUAUCAGUACCAGGAAAGAUGAAGAAGCCUGUGCACAUCUUCUAGCCAUCACUGCACCAGAAGAUUUGCCAGUGCUGUUGAGUAACAAGCUUGAAGGGGAUAUAUUCCUCCUCCUCAUUCAGUCUCUGAAAAAUCGUCUUGUUGAUAGAGACCCUGCCUUGGUGUAUCAGCAUCUUUUGUGUCUCAGUAAAGCAGAUAGGUUUAAGAUGAUGCUGAUGCUCAUUAGCAAGCACCACAAGGAGCAAAUUGAACAGCUGCUGAAUGAUCUUUCAGACACGUCAAACAGCCAUUUUACUUUAGAAGAUGUACAAGCCCUAAAAGAACUGUAUGGGCUUUAGCUCAAGACUACUGUUAACUCCUUCCAUGAAUGUAUGUAUUCCAGCAAUGCUCAUGAGAUGGUACUGUAAUAGUUGCAUGGAUAAAACCUGGAUUAUAAAAAUCCCUUGGUCUGAACUAUAAGACAUUCUUAUUUUUAUACACAGAAUGUGUAUAUUCCAUAACCUGCUUUUUAUUAGUUGUAAAUAUUUUAUGUACCAGAACCAUCUUUAUAUUUAAUAAGUGUAUUUUGAAUGUGUUAAAAAUACAUUUUAAUUUAUAGCACACAUUUUCUUUUGAUAACUUACCUGUUAAAUAUUUCAAA